UUAAACAUUAUUUAAAAGGCAGAGUAACAAAGAGGCAGAGACAGAGAGAAAGAGAGAGAUCUUCCAUCUGCUUGUUCACUCCCCAAAUGGCUGCAGUAGGCAGAGCUGGACUGAUCUGAAGUCAGGAGCUUCUUCCUGGUUUCCAUGUGGGUGCAGGGGCCCAGGGACUUGGACCAUCUUCCACUGCUUUCCCAGAGAGCUGGAUCGGAAGUGGAGCAGUUGGGACUUGAAGCCUCACUUUUUUUUUCUUUUUAAAAAAAAGAUUUUUUUUUUUAUUUGAAACUCAGAGUUACAGAGAGAGGAGAGACAGAGAGAGAGAGGUCUUCCAUCUGCUGGUUCACUCCCCAAUUGGCCACAACGGCUGGAGCUGCCUCAAUCCGAAGCCAGGAGCCAGGAGCUUCUUCCGGGUCUUCCACGUGGGUGCAGGGGCCUAAGGCCUUGGGCCAUCUUCCACUGCCUUCCCAGGCCAUAGCAGAGCUGGAUAGGAAGUGGAGCAGCCGAACCGGCACCCACAUGGGAUGCCGGCGCUUCUGGCCAGACGUUAACCUGCUGCGCCACAGCGCCAGCCCCUCCACCACAUUUUUAAAAUAAUAUACAUUUUCAUGAACUUUUUGAACAUCCCUUGUUAUGUGUAGAUUUCAAAUAAUGUUUUUAGUUUUUUUAAAGUUAUUUAAUUUCAUCUACUUGGAAGACAGAGAUACUGUGAGAGUGAACUUCCAUCCACUGUUCACUUCUCAAAUGCCUGCAACAGCCAGGGCUGGACCAGGCCAAAGCCAGGAGCCAAGAGCUCUAUCCAGGUCUCCCAUAUGCAUCAUCUGACACCUCCCAGGCACAUUAGCAGGAAGCUGGUUAGGAAGCAGAGUAGCCACGACUGGAAUUAGCACUCCAGUACGGGAUGUGGGCACCCCAGGAGGCAGCUUAACCGUUAUGCCACAAUGCCUGCCUCUCCAAAAAAGAUAUUUUUGGCUCCAAAAUAAACAUUUUAAUUCAAUUUCCUUUUAAAAAAUAUUUUAUUUAUUUGAGAGAGUUACAGAGAGAGAGAUCGAUCUAUCUCCUAACCACUGGUUUAUUCCCCAAAUGGCCAAAAUGGCCAGGACUGGGCCAGGCCAAAGCCAGGAACUUUAUCCAGGUCUCCCAAGUGGGUAUAGGGGCCCAAAGAUUUGGGCCAUCUUCUGCUGCUUCCCUAGGCCGUUAGCUGGGAGCUGGGUGGAAAGUGGAGCAGCCGGGACUUGAACUGGUGCCCAUUUGGCAUGCAUGGCAGGCAGUGGCUUAACUGGCUACACCACAGUUUUCUAUAGACGUUUUUGAGGUGCUCGAAUGUCCUCUAGCGAACGUUAUCUCUGUAUAAUAUGCAUUCAUAUCGUCGCAUAGAGUUGUAUAUUCCUCUCUGCCAUGUAGCAAUCCCACUAUUCAUUGGUAACCAUUUGCAUAGUUUCCGAGGUUGUUUUCAGUUGUUGUAUGGGAGAGGCUUGUUUGAGACCCAUGGAGAAAGUCUGAAAUCCCCAUCGUCUAUGAGAAAGGGGAGAUGGCUAGGACUGUACAGGGUUUAAUGGGUGGGAGGAGGGAGCCUGACUGAGCUCUGUGGUUCCACGGGGGCUGCCAGCCUGUGUGCAGGUGCAGAGAGGACAGGGAGCCGGCUUGCCCCCGGGCUGGUUCUGCCAGGUGGGAGAGAGGCUGAGAUUACCAGCAGCAGGCAAGUACGAGGAUAGCAGCUGUGCAUCCGGGCUGGCGAGGAGGCAGUGCAGGGAAGGUAGGGACGAGGAGGUAGGAGGGAGCUGGCAGACAGAACGAAAGCAGAGGCGGACUGAGCUCUGUGCAGGGGGGCAUCUGUAAAAUUCCGGGCUGCAUCUCCAGUUCCUUGCAUGUGCCUUGCACAGCGUUGUCGUUCAGUGACUAGUUGAGCACAUGAAGGAUCCGAGGGACCAGAGGCCUCAGGUAAAAGGCAAGUGAGAUGGAGGCGAUGGAGAAAGCCUGAGAUUUGUCAGUGUGGCUGUGAUUUCGGAAAAGGGCAUUCCCGAGGCAGAUGAUAAGGCCCAGGGUUGAAGGGAAGAGAGGCCAGUGUGGGGUGGGCCAGCCCUGGAGUACAGAGGUUGCCCAUGGCGGGGUAUUUGUUACCCAGACUGCAAGGAGACAGUCGAGAGAGAACAGCUUUUCUCACACUAGUCCUUGGUCCUCUUGCUUCUGACUCUGUGUGCUGGGGGAGGGGGUCCGUGGCUUUGUUGGAAACGCAGACCCCUUGCUUGCCCUGGGCUUGGGGCGAAUGUAGCCAUGCAGCAACAGCAGUGAGCCUCAGGAGGCAGGAUGUUGAUGGGAUCCAGCAGCGUGCAACCCCUUGACGUCAGGGGGUGGGAUGCCUGGUGGACCUGGACAUGGUUGCCUGUACCCAGGCUGGAGGUGGACAAGGGCUGCACAAGGAAGAGAUACCCUGGGUGGGGAAGAGCUGGCGCCAAGGGAGCUCAGCACUGAGGGGCCGUGUGAGGCCAGGGGGAGGAGCCUCAGCCCUAAGAAGCCUCUUUGGCUGGGCAGUGGGGCAGUCCUGGGAUUGAGCACCUGCAGGUGUUAAGGGUAGGAGUGGCACAUGUGUCUGUGGGACUGUGGGCACCCAGGUCCUUCUCUGCACUCCUCUUGGAGCAGCCACAGACUUCAGCCUCCUCCUCUCUGCUCCCAGAGUCCCCGUGCCCAGUGGCCUGCUCUUCUACCCCCUUUAGCAUAGUCUCUCCACUUUGGCACCCCCAGCCCUUCCUUCCACUCUCUCAGCUCCCACCUGCCAUGCCUCGCACCCUUCCAGCUCUUCCCUCAGCGACCCUCAGCAGCCACUCUGAGCCCCUACUCUCACGGUCCCCAUACUGCCUGCACUCUGCCCCUUCCUCCCACCCUCCCUACUCAUUGCCUGCCCUUUACACGCAAUACUGACCCCAGCCGAGAAGACCCCCAUUAGUUCUCUCCCCGAGGGGAACCCUCAGGCACCCCUCCAGCCGGCCAGUUGAGCCAAGGCCUGGUGCCCCCCUAGUCCAGCGGGUCCCGCCCCAUCCCGGCCGGCUGAGUCAGGCGGCAGGAACUGGGCGGGGGGAGGCGCCGAGAGUAGCCGAAGCGGAGCCAGAGCCGCUGGGAGCGAGCACGGAGCCCAUCUGGGCCGGCGGGGUCGUGGGGGGCGAGCGCGGGGCAGGGGCCGUCCCAGACCUACCAUGAACUCCAAGAAGAAAGGGAGCCCCGCGCGGACUCAUUCCAUGAUGUCCCUGUCGGUGCGGCCGCAGCGCCGCCUGCUCAGCGCCCGGGUCAGUAGGAGCCAGUCCUUCGCCGGCGUCCUCGGCAGCCACGAACGGGGGCCCAGGAGCUUCCAGGUCUUCAGCCCUCCGGGGCCCCCCCGGAAGCCCCCCGCGCUCUCUCGCGUGUCCAGGAUGUUUUCUGUGGCUCACCCAGCUCCCAAGGUGCCGCAGCCCGAGCGGCUGGACCUGGUGUACGCGGCACUUAAGAGGGGCCUCACGGCCUACUUAGAAGUGCACCAGCAGGAGCAGGAGAAACUCCAGGGGCAGAUAAGGGAGUCCAAGAGGAAUUCGCGCCUGGGCUUCCUGUAUGACUUGGACAAGCAAGUCAAGUCCAUCGAACGCUUCCUGCGGCGACUGGAGUUCCACGCCAGCAAGAUUGACGAGCUCUAUGAGGCGUACUGCGUCCAGCGGCGCCUCCGGGAUGGUGCCUACAACAUGGUCCGUGCCUACAGCACUGGGUCCCCGGGCAGCCGAGAGGCUCGGGACAGUCUGGCAGAGGCCUCCCGGGGCCAUCGUGAGUACACAGAGAGCAUGUGUGUGCUGGAGGGCGAGUUGGAGGCACAGCUGGGCGAGUUUCAUCUCCGGAUGAAAGGGCUCGCUGGCUUCGCCAGGCUGUGUGUGGGCGACCAGUACGAGAUCUGCAUGAAAUACGGGCGUCAGCGCUGGAAACUCCGGGGCCGCAUAGAGGGCAGUGGAAAGCAGGUGUGGGACAGCGAGGAAACCGUCUUUCUUCCUCUGCUCACGGAAUUCCUGUCCAUCAAGGUGACAGAACUGAAGGGCCUGGCCAAUCACGUGGUUGUAGGCAGCGUCUCCUGCGAGACCAAGGACCUGUUUGCUGCCCUGCCCCAGGUUGUGGCUGUGGACAUCAAUGACCUUGGCACCAUCAAGCUCAGCCUGGAAGUCACAUGGAGCCCCUUCGACAAGGAUGACCAGCCCUCGGCUGCUUCUACUGUCAAUAAGGCCUCCACAGUCACCAAGCGCUUCUCUACCUAUAGCCAGAGCCCACCAGAUACUCCCUCACUUCGGGAGCAGGCCUUCUAUAACAUGCUCCGGAGGCAGGAAGAGCUGGAGAAUGGGACAGCAUGGUCCCUGUCAUCUGAAUCCUCGGACGACUCAUCCAGCCCCCAGCUCUCAGGCACUGCCCGCCACUCAUCAGCCCCCAGGCCCCUGGUGCAGCAGCCCGAGCCCUUACCCAUCCAGGUUGCCUUCCGAAGGCCUGAGACCCCCAGCUCUGGGCCCGUGGAUGAGGAGAGAGCCAUGGCCCCAGCUCUGGCCAAUGGGCAUGCCCCCUACAGCCGGACUCUGAGCCACAUCAGUGAGGCCAGUGUGGACGCUGCCUUGGCUGAGGUUUCAGUAGAGGUUGUGGGGCCAGAAAGCCCAGCCCAGGGACCGAGCCUGCCUGUACACCGAGAUCCCAUCUGUGAGGAGCACCCCAGCCCUCCUCUUCCUGCCCCAGACCCCGGCCAUUCUGCCACAAGCCCCACCCUCAGUGCUACAGGCCCUGCCUCCACACCUGCAGACGCUGCCCCAUCUGCACACCUGGACUCAGUUUCCAAAGCCACAGACUCCAGCCCUUCUGACUUGCCAGGCCCUAUCUGUGUCACUACAAGCUCCACCUCUAGUGCUGUAAGCCCUUCCCACAGUGCUGCAGGCCACACUCUCACUACUACAGGCUCCACCACUACAGGCCCUAGCCUGAAUACUGCAAGCCCCACUCACAGUACUGUAAGCCCCGCCCAUACCACUGCAAGCUCCACCUACACUACCACAAGCCCCACCCAGAACACCACUGUGUUAACUCUCACCACUGCGAAUCCUAACCCCAACACUACGGGCCCAGUCCAGACCCCUGCAAGCCCUGCCCACUCUGUUACAAACCCCACGCAGAGCACCACUGUGUUAACUCCUACCACUACAAGCCCCACGCCCAGUGCUAUGAGCCCAGUCCAGACCACCACAAGCCCCACCCAGAACACCACUGUGUUAACUCCCACCACUACAAGUCCCACCCUCAGUGCUAUGGGCCCAGUUCAGACCACCACAAGCCCCGCCCUUAUAACGUCAAGCCUUUCCACUUCUGCAGACCACACUACGCUCCCCAGCCCCUCUGCACCUGUGUGCCCCACCCUCUUAGGCACCCACCCCUUGCCCUGUAGCCAGCCCAUCUCUACUCCCAGUAUUCAGGCAGACUGCAUAGCCCCUAGCACCUCCUACCCAAGCGCAGCCUGUUCUGGUUGGAAACCCCUCGUGAGCCCUGCCCCCAACGUCCCAGAGCCCAUCUUGCAGAGCCCAAGCCCCCCUCCUUCACCCCAAACUCCUGCACUGCAGCAUUCAGAACCUCGCCUGGUCUCAGCUGCCCAGGACCCAGUCCCAGGGGCAGCUGGAGGGGCUGGGGAUAGGAGACUUGAGGAGGCCCUGGGGGCCCUCAUGGCUGCCCUGGAUGACUAUCGUGGCCAGUUCCCUGAGCUACAGGGCCUGGAACAGGAGGUGACCCGGCUGGAGAGUCUGCUUAUGCAGAGACAAGGCCUGACUCGCAGCCGGGCCUCCAGUCUCAGUAUCACUGUCGAGAACGCCCUGGAGAGCUUCAGCUUCCUCAAUGACGACGAAGAGGAAGACAGUAAUGGUCCUGGGGACAGGCCCCCAGGCAGCCUGGAGGCUGGGGCUGAGGACAGCCUAGACUCACCUAGCGCCCGCCCCCUCAGCACAGGGUGCCCAGCCCUGGACACUGCCUUGGUCCAGCACCUGUAUCACUGCAGUCGCCUCCUGCUGAAACUGGGCACGUUCGGGCCCCUGCGCUGCCAGGAGGCAUGGGCCCUGGAGCGGCUGCUGCGGGAGGCCCGCGUGCUUGAGGCAGUGUGUGAGCUCAGCAGGCUGUGGGACGUCCCCGUCACGUCUGCCCAGGAAGUGGUGCAGUUCUCCACCUCUCGACCUGGCUUCCUGACCUUCUGGGACCAGUGCACAGAGGGUCUCGGCCCCUUCAUCUGCCCCGUGGAGCGGGUGCUCCUUGCCUUCUGCAGCCAGCACGGUGCCCGCCUCUCCCUGCGGCAGCCAGGUUUAGCUGAGGCUGUGUGUGUGAAGUUCCUGGAGGACGCCCUGGGGCACAAGCUGCCCCGGAGGCCCCAGCCAGGCCCUGGCGAGCAGCUGACCAUCUUCCAAUUCUGGAGCUACGUCGAAACCUUGGACAGCCCCUCCAUGGAGGCCUAUGUGACCGAGACUGCUGAGGAAGUGUUACUCGUGCGGAAUCUGAACUCAGAUGACCAGGCUGUUGUGCUGAAGGCCCUGAGGUUGGCACCUGAGGGGCGGCUGCGCAGGGAUGGGCUUCGGGCCCUCAGCUCGCUGCUCGUUCAUGGGAACAACAAGGUCAUGGCUGCUGUCAGUACCCAGCUCCGGAGCCUGUCGCUGGGCCCUGCCUUCCGGAAGAGGGCCCUCCUGUGCUUCCUGGACCAGCUGGAGGAUGAGGAUGAACAGACCCGAGUGGCUGGCUGCCUGGCCCUCGGCUGCAUCAAGGCUCCUGAGGGCAUCGAGCCCUUGGUGUUCCUGUGCCAGACAGACACAGCAGCCGUGAGGGAAGCUGCCCGGCAGAGCCUGCAGCAGUGCGGGGAAGAAGGUCAGUCUGCCCAUCGACGGCUGGAGGAGUCACUGGAUGCCCUGCCCCGCAUCUUUGGACCUGGCAGCAUGGCCAGCACAGCAUUCUAAACUCCGUCCACCGGCUCCCAGGGCCCCUUCCCCUACUUUCAGGGCUUACCAGGCACUGGCAGGGAGGGUGAGGGCUGGCUCGAUACCCCUCCCCCACAGAUUCCUAUCAAUGUAAAGUCUAAUAUAUUCUUCUGUUGCCCCUGGGGUUGGUAGAGUCGGUGCCUGCAGUCAAGUGCCUCCCAGCCUCAGCAUGGCACGUCCCAGCCACAGACAGUGUCCGGGGCCUGGCACCCUGCCCCUGCCCCGCCACAUCCCAUGGUUUUGUAUUUUAUUUACAGAGUUUUACAGAAAAUAAACAGAUUGCCUUUCCUA